UUUGACUACAUACGUUUCGAACAGCGUGCCUUCUCGUCCGUCUUUCGGUGUAACUACUUUGAUUUGUACUCCAAGUGAAUUAACAUGAAGUUCAUCAUCUGUUUGAGCGUUUUAGUGAACAUUUUGGUGUUGAUUAACAACUCAGAUUCACGACCUCCGCCACCACAUCCACCAAAUCCUCCACCACCACCUCCACCACAUCCACCACAUCCUUCACCAUCUCCACCUCCACCACCUCCACCGCCACCUACACCAUCUACAACAACAACAACAGCAUCUCCAUCAAGCACUACCAACGCACCUACAACAGCAUCUUCGCCAUCUUCAACAGCAUCUCCGCAAAAUACUUCCAUCACACCUACAUCACCAUCUCCUACACCGGGUGUACCAUCUUCGCCAUCAUCAGAACCGUCGUCUUCAUCGAGCACCAUGAUACCUCCAACAGAUGUAUCAUCAACAGAUGCGCCAUCAUCUCCAUCAAGCCUGAAAAAUAACCAAUACCUACGCCUGGAGAACGAAAUAUGGUAAAAAUAUAGCAAGUCCACUAUUUUCAACUUCUAAUUGAGAAAACGCAUUUUUUUAGUUAGAAACAUUUAUAAUGUGUAAACAUGACAAAACCAUGAUAAAUUUGCUUUAAUCAAAAUAUCUACUUAAUAAUAUUACCACAAUAACAAUAUGCGUUAUUAAAGUUCUUAUUUUGACCUCUACAUUUUAAUUUUACAUCUAUGAUGAUUUAUAACAAAUCACAAGACUUUAUUAUAAUUGUGCAUUCAAGAAAUUACAUAUGUCAAUGAAACUCAAAAUUCAUAA